AUGUUUGAACGAUACCUGACAGAUGCCCUGGUAUCGCAUUUUGGUCACGUCAUUGAAAACUUGGACUCCGAUAAAGCACGACUGUCAGCAUGGAAUGGACAAGUGGUCCUCAAUGAUUUAUCUCUCCGCCGAAAUGCUUUGGAAAGCUUUCUUCCCGAUUGUCCUGUGGAAAUUGCGUACGGAAAGGUGGGAAAUCUAGAACUUCGAAUCCCGUGGAGACUUUUCAAAUCACAAAUGCGAUGGCGAGGCAAAAAAGCAAGCUUACUAGAGACCAACUGCUCCAUUAUCUUGAAGGAUGUCAAUAUCCUCAUUACUCCACGACGAGAAUGGAUGGAUCGAGACGAAUCCAAUGAACAAAAGGAGACUUUGAGCGAGGAGGAUAUGCAACAAAAUAAAAGAACAGAAAAAGAGAAGAGAGUGCAAUCACUGUUAGAUGCAGACUUGCUGCGGAGAGUAGCAACAUCGACUAGAUCCUCGCGAUGGGGUUGGGUUCGGGAUUGGUUGUCCAAUUUGCUUUCGACACUUUCCAUUACGAUUGAAAACAUCCACAUUCGUUACGAAGAUCCAGGAACAAGCAUGGGCUACGUGUGGCAGAGUAAUGCUGAUGGAGCAAAGCUACGAAGAUAUCGACCGGCAUUUGCAGUCGGAAUUACGCUGCAAGUUUUCUCAUUUCAAGCAGCUGACAAUGAGGAUACCAAAAAGAUUGAAGACACUGCUGGCGAAGAAAAGACGGAGAAAAAGGACGAGACUGACGAUUCGGCCAGUGUUGUAGAAGUGAAAGACACUCAGCCAUUUCAAAUAAGACAAAAGAUUGCUGCUGGAGAGAAUCUUGCAAUCUACUGGGACGGAAACUGUGAAUUAAUAUCAGUGCACUCUAGCAAUCGGAAUAUCAAGAGCGACGCAACGACAUAUUGCGGCAAUUCCUUCAGAAUACUCAAUGGCGAAGUUGACUAUUUCUUUGAAGACUCGAAUCUAUACAACGAAGAUCACACGUAUGUUUUGGAUCCAAUAUCUCCCACAAUUGAUAUCAACCUCGUAUCUACCCGAAAGAGCAAUGUAGAAAAUGAGCUAGAUCCAAAAGUGCUUCCAGAUGAAAGUACAACUGAUACCCAGGAGGCACCUGCCAACACGAUUUUACUACCCGCUUCAUCAUUUAGCAUCGAUUUGCCACCCUGCAAGCUUACUCUGUCUCGGAUCACCCUUGAAGAUACUGCCUAUAUCCGAAAGUCACUUUCAGUGUGGAAUCAAUGGAAGAGAGGGUUUCUACCAGAAGCAUCACUCCGACGACUAGCAGAGUUACGUCCAGCAACUACUCCUCUAGGAAAUGCAAAAAAGUGGUGGAUCUAUGCUGGUGAGGCAACGAUAGAACUCUUGAAGGUGCAGCGCGCUGGGAAAAAGUCGAAGGAUAUUGACUGGGUAGAGUCGCGAAAAAGAGGAUGGGUAGGAUUCAUGGAUGCAGUCAGAAGGCGGCGUGAAUAUAUCAAACUUUCAAAGGAAUUCUUGGCGUUCAUCAAGCAAAACGACAAGAAGAUUAGCCUGAAAACUCAUCAAGCCCUGGUUGAAAUGGAAGAUGGUUUAAAUCCCCGAGAAAUUGUUGCAUUCCGGAUUGCGCUGUACGACGAAAUUGAGGAACGUCAAGAAGAGACUGUAGUGACUGUUCGCCGUGAAAAGCAAAAGGAAAUUGACGUACUGUCGGUUGAGCAUCGCUCUUGGAUGAUGGACGAGAUGUUGCGAGCCCUGAAUCGAGAAAAGGCAAACAUGGAUCGUGUCCAGAGUAGCCAGAAUGGUCCAGCGAUUCAAACGGAUGAGGAAGAAAGCACUGAUAACGUGGUCUGGUCAGCCUCGUUUGUCUGCCGACAAUUUGCUAUUCAGGUGAAUGAUGCUGCUGUCAAGCGUGUGAAAAAUCAGUGGACGGCACCGAUCAUUCAGCUAUCAACUGCGUGGAUACUAGAGCAUAAGUGGCAUGACGAUGGAUCGUGGGAUACAGACUGUACGCUAGCUUCCCUCGAAGUCAAAGACCUUACAUCUUCAAGAAAUCGGCAACUCCAAACGCUCUAUCCAUAUUUGGUUGGUCGAAAAAGAGAAGCUGGCAACGUCCCGGUAGAGAAUGCGAUUGUCAUUGACGGCAUCACUUACUCACGUAGCGUGUCUGUUACUGUAAGUCGAAAACUGGUGUGGAAUACAAAAGACGGUGUGCCACAAUAUGAUGACGACGACCGAGGGUCGAGAACAAGUUUUCAAAUCCGCAUUCUCCCCAUGGAAAUAGUCUACUCAACGGCUCCAGUAGAAGGGCUAAGUCGAGUCCUAGCAACAAUAAAGACGCCUGAGCUAGUUGAUGAUAUGCACAGAGUGGCAUCAGCGGCGCAAGGUUGGAGGGCGAAGCAAAAGCGCAAGUUUUUGCAAACUUUGGCGCACGAACACAAGCGAAUCAUCGUUGAUGUCGAUGUCGGAUCACCUGAGUUGAUCAUACCAGAAGACAUCAAUCGAGCUGAUACUCCAAUCCUAGCUGUGGAUCUUGGUCGACUUCAAAUCUCAAACGAGUUGUCGACUGAAGAGGUCAAAACAGAGUUCGAUGACAAAUGGCAACUUGCACUCAGCGACAUUCAGGUUCGUUGUACAACUGGAGCUAUUCGGAAUCCAAAGGCAGAUGAGGUAGAGAAUAGCCAGAUACUUCAUCUUGUUGAGCCUUUUUCUCUCAACUUCACGUUAUUGACCAGAAUAGCCAGCUCUGACGACCCAGUAGUGCAGGAAACCACAAAAAUUCAGGGGUCUGUGACUCUACCACGGCUAGCUUUCAACCUGACCUCUUCUGCCAUGCGACUAGUCCUUCGAUUGAAGCAGCAGUGGGAGCACAGAAAGAAAGAAACCGCAGUACGGCAAUCGCAACCAGCUCAAAACUCGCAUAGACGAUCGAGAUCGAUGCAAUUGACGGCGUCGCCCAGCAGACGAAGAGUGUCAACCAUUAGCCGGGAUAUUCCGAAUGGCGAUGCCAUCUCACAAACUCUGUCAUACAAUUCUACCAUUUGUCGAGUUACACGAUUUGAUUUUUCGGCACCGUUGAUAACGCUGAGGGUAAGCAAUGAUGUUGAUGGGCGUGAUUGUAGCGUUCCUGGGAAAAGUGGAACUCCUCUUGUUGAUCUCGCCUUCAGAGGCAUUACAGGAAAAUAUAUACAAGAAGAAACGUUUCAAGGAGAUUUGACGAAUUCUUUUGACGCGAAACUCCACUCUCUAAGCGCUAUCGACUUGUACCAGACAGCUGGAAGGGACUUCGCAAUGCUGCUGUCAUCAAUACCAACACAAGCUUUGCCGGAAAACAUAUUUGAUCGCUCUUCAUGGGAAUCCUAUUAUGCAGAAAGUAGGAAUGCGUCAGAGUCGAGCACUUCAAGGCGUAAAGAUCUUGUCGCAAUCCAAUACAAGAGCAAAGUUGCCUUUGGAAACAUCGAAGACAAAAAGGCAAUUGAAGUUGAGCCUAACAGCCUUUCCAUUUGGUUUCAUGAGCUGUAUAUUGAAUGGAAUGCAGAAACAUUUGCUGGGAUACAAAAAGCUCUCAAGCUACCUCAGGGGCAAGAGCCUGCCAAAACUUCAAUGCAUGAAGAAACAGUCAGUGUCGUAUCUGGAGAGGAGGACGAAUUCUUUGAUGCAGAAGAGGACGAGUUCUUUGAUGCAGGAUCUGAAGUAGUUACUUCGAUCGAACCACCGCCAGACCUACUCAUGUAUCGUUUCAAGACCUCUACUUGGAUUGAAACUGGAGGACUCCGUCUGUCGCUGCCACUCGCUGCUUCAUCUGUGUCACAUGGCUCCCCUUUUCUUCCUUCGCUUGCGUCGACAAAUCACGAGGCUACUGGAAACGUUGACUACAACAGCAUGUUGAGAACUAGAUCAUUUGAGAUCAAAUUUGAACUUUCUGUGCUUUCUAUCAACUUCAACAAAGAAACUCGGCACCGAAAACUAGUGAAUGCUCAGAUGGAUGCAACCUCAAUAUCCUACAAGACAAAUUCAAUUGGGGGUUCGUUGACCAAAAUGAAGAUGGGAAACUUGGUUUUUACGGAUCCUGAUAGUCUUUCGAACAAGUCCCUUUACGGGCAAAUACUGGGGUUGAAGUCGGAAUCAGAAAACUCCGAGAAGUCUGAUGUAUUAUCUCUUCUUGUGAUGGAAAUAUUAGUCAACCCGCCAAAGCGAGAGUAUAAUGCAAAAGUCGUUGACUCCGAGCAAACCCGCGAUGAAGGAGUUUCGAUUGACCGCGAACGUGGGCAAGUUGCAGGGAGUAACAAUUUCAUCCGUGCCCUUUUUAGUCCAAUGCGAUUUGUAUUUCUUGAACAACUAUGGUUUGAAAUAAUCGACUACUUUUUCGAGGGAGUGAUGGGUACUGCUGUUUGGGGUGGCAAAAUAAUAACACCCAAGUCACUUUUGAAGCAGAUUGAAGAAAGAGCAAUGGAGACGCCAACAGAAUUUCUCCUUGGAAGUGAUGCGGUUGGAUUUAAUUUUACGAGAUGCGACAUUUCCCUUGAGUCGCCUGAGAUUAUUUUGCCUGUUUCCUAUCUCUCGCCUCACCACAUGCGGCUGGAGUUGACGAGUAUAAAAAUAUCCAAUCACUACGACGGCUGCUCAUUUUGUGAUGACCCAACAAUUGCAAAUGGAACGUUUGAGGGCGAACGAAUGCAAUGGUUCAACAAUUACAACAUUGCGCUGCGUGGGCUGAGAUUGAGAUCCUGGAGUGGCAGAGAAUUGGGCAAAGAUCCCUCAGUUGCUGACAUAACUCUGCGUUGGCCAGUCGGCCCACUUGCCUACCGAAUUGUUCCAAAAUGGAUUGUCGGUUGCAAAUUCUCAAGUCUUGACAUUUCUCUUCGCCGCUCUGAAUAUGCACUUCUCCAACACAUCAUUACCUUCAAUAUUGGAGAGCCUUCAAGGCACCUAGAUGAGUGGGAGGUCCUUCAAACUAUUUCGAACUCUAUCCUUGAGGCGUAUCAAGAACGAAUCUUGGUCCCAUACGGCUACGACAAGAAAGAUGUCCCACCAACAACUUACGACGUUGCUGUUGAUGUGCCACUGUUGAGUUUCAGUCUUAUCGAAGAGAAGGAAAUAGUCCAGACGAUUGCAAUCGUAAGGUGCAUGGACCUUCUAUGGUCUCUACGGAAAGAAUCUGAUCGCAUCGUAAAGCAACGUUUGACCUGUGAUAUUGAAGUGGUAACACCGAGUUCGAAAACAGGAUUUGACACACUACUUUCAAUGUCGAAGUAUGAUACGAUCAUUUCCUCAGAAGGGUCAACAAGCCACGAGACAGUUCCAGAACUGACGUACACAUCAACAACUCAGGUUUCUGGUAACAAUGUGAAAACACUCGAGAUAGUCGACCCUUGCAUUUAUGUGAUAGUUCCUGCUUGGAGCAAAUUCAUGGAGUUCUUCCAGGAGCUGCCUGAACCAGAAAUUUGGAGUGCUCAGGAAGCUAGAAGUAUGCUUAAAGUCGGAGAUCGUUGGUAUCGCAUUGCAGCUCCUUUAGAGGAGAUGGAUGGGAAGGAAACAAUCGAAUCCAAGUUGCGAUGGAUUGGCUUGAUCUCAGAGACGAUCAAGCUUGAUCACCAAAACAUGGAUACAUCUACAAUUGGAUUGCCAAAAUACCAGUUCCACAUAUCACUUGCCUGGCCACGGAUUAUCCUGUCUUCGAAGGCAACGGCUUCGAAUCGCUUGAUUUUGCGGAUGAAUCAUUUGGAUUAUCUGAACAUCAAUGACGGUCACAGCAAAUCGAUUCAACGCUCAUUUUUCCUUCAUGAUGUUGAAGUCUACACAGUCUCCAGUCAAAAACCAAUUCACAGAAUCAACGAGGGCUCUGUUUCUUUGAUCCACCCAUGGUCAGUUGUUGGCCUUGUAGAGAAAUGCAAUGGGUUCAAAGUUGGGGCAUGUGAAUCACACACGUGGCAUGUCACAGGUGACAUUUUGAAAGCUCGAGCUGCAUACUCAGAUAUUCUUGUCGCUAUUGAGGUUUGUAUGAGCGUGUUCAACUCGCCUCAAGAUGGCAAGUCAAAAUCAAGAAACAAAACAAAUCAGAAGGCAACGACACCACAGCCCACCGAUUCCUCCACAAGCAGCCUUCUCGUUCAAGACGACGUAAAAGACGCCCUUUGUAAUCUUCCGAAGAAACUUGUCUACAACAUUGCACUUGAUGGUUUUGAAUUGAAUGUUGCGGAUGACAGUGGGCGACAUUUUGCGGGCACUCAAGAUUUGAUCAUCCUAUCUCUUGUGGACCUGAAUUUCUGCCGGGAAGUCUCUCACGAUGGUGCUGCUAGCGUCAACCUGUGCUUGCAGAGUCUUGACCUAUUCGACUGUCUGCAAGCCGAGAGGUCACCAUUUAGGACGGCGGUAUCCAGCCGUGAAGGAGUCAUGGGGCUCGGUGGCUCGGACCCAGAGCCAAUCACUGAACCAAUCGUUACGACCGCAGGCUCAUCUAGAAUGGGUUGGGAGGACUAUCGUGCCCACGGUGAUCGACAAAAUGGAUUCGAACUGUCUCGAUCUUUUGUCAAAAAGGUUCGUCCAUCCCAAGAAGGCAAUGAGAAAAGCACGGAGGAGCGGAUCGAAGUCCAAUACUUAUUCUCCGCGGAUGGACAGCAUCAAUACUCGGUCCACUUAAGAUCAUUUGCCCUUCAAUGGAAUCCGUCUACAGUUAUUGCAAUCCAGCGCUUUCUCGGCAGACUUCGGAAAGAUGCGGUGAUCAAUGGCACACAAUCGGAGACGGGUGAAAUUGAAAGUGUUACCAAACCAGUUCUGUCGUCACUACGGGAAGAGCAAGGAAUCGAUGUCGAUAGAUCAAGAAGGGAAGAAGGCGCGAAGACACACGCAUCGAUUUUGAUCGGGAGCUUCACAAUAUGCCUUAACAAAGAGCAUCAACAUAGGCGACUGGUCGAGGUUACUUUGUCCUCUUGUCAGAUGUCACUUGACUCAUCUGAUGAAGGGACAAGUGUUGAUGGUCAGCUUGGGGACUUAGUUGGUUGGGAUUCAGACAACUAUGCCGUAUCCCACAAGAAAAACGCUACCAUCACCACAGAGAAUCGAAACAUAUUGAAGGUUCUCAAUGGUGAUCAAGGAAAAAACGAAAAUGAUGAAGGAUUCAACAGAUUCUUGAGGUUUCAGUACAAGACGUUUAGACAAAGGCUGCCGCCAUCCCGUAUGGUCACAGAGGUGCCCAGCUGGGUAAAACCGCAUCUUUCCGAUUCUGGUGAGAUAGAUGACGUUUUGAAAGUGUCUUUGGCGGCUCUCCAAUUUACGUACCUUCGUGAGAGGACCGAAGAAAUUAUUGACUACUUAUCAAACGGACUCCCUGGAAAGGGCAUGGGAGUCACUUCACGAGCUGCAAAAGGCUUUCUGGAAAAAAGAAUCUUGACAAAAAGUUUCUUGGAACUUGACAUUGGAUCACCAGAGGUGAUUAUUCCGCAGCACGAGACUUUGAAUGCCGGCAUUAUGCUCAAGCUAGGUGACGUAAAUUUGAGAAGUUGGUUCGAACAAGACUUCAAAAAGCCGUUGGCAUCAGGCGGGCAGGGCGACUGGUGGCGAAUUCUCUCGCUACGUCUCACUGGUUUCUGCAUCGGGACAAUGAAGAGGAAGAGAGGGGUAGACGACCUUUCGUUGAUAACAAAUCCCAUUGAUCUUGAAAUUAUGCUUCGAAAACCCACUGUAAAGGGAAGGGAGCUGGCUGUGCGAGGAAAUUUAUCCUCUCUUGAUCUUGAAUUGGAUUACAGUGAUUAUGUCUUCUUGCGUGCUGUUGCAAGAGACAACAUUGGAAGGAACAUCAAUACGGAUGCAUGGGACAAUGUGGAAAAGGCGUACUGGCUAGAAGAGGAGAAGAAAGAGGACGAUUCAAGUCUAAUCUCGAAUGUCGCUGAUAAUGAAUCGCGAAAGGUGGAAUAUUCUUCAAAUGCUCGAUUUGUAAGAUAUGGUAAAGCUGGGAAGCGAGAACGAGAACUCCAAAGUACUUCGCCUUCUCGACCUUCUGGAGCCAAAGCAAAUGGCAUGGGGCAAGAUGCAAGGACUAUCUUUGAUUUACGAUUUAAGCUCGACGGACUUUCGUUGAAACUUCGACGUGACGACGACGUGAAAGAGGCCAUGGAAGACACUUUAAAGCAGUCUCUUCACUACGAUAUCAUGUUGCUCCGAGUGCAGCUAGUUGAAAUUACUCUUUCAUCGAAAGACACUGGGGAUUCAUCAUUUUGCUUAUCCUUGUAUCGACUGGGUUUAUUUGACCUUGGAGACACUGGUCGCCUACAUCGACAACGGUAUCUCGCUUCGCUUCCUUCCAUGGCGGCAAGUAGAGCGAAACAUAAAGCAAGUCGACAACCAUGCGCUUUCCGUGUACUCAUCGAAGGGUACUCUUUAUCCGAAGUGGAUAGCAACAAUACAUCCAACUCUGAAGAUAAUGCGCAACUAGUUGUCAAUGUUGAUAGAUGUUCGGCAGCAUCUGCAAUGGAAGGUGGAUCACUAACGGACAGCGGUCUACCAAUGGACUCAAAAGUCACUGUGGCAAAAGCAGUGGUGAACAACUUAUCUGUGAAUGCUCUUAUCCGCCCGUUCAAAGAGAUCGCCGCGUUUAUGGCAUGCGACUGGGAGACCAAGGCGGUUCAAAAACUACCGAAAAAUAUGUCUAGAUUCGAGACAACAAUCCAAAAUUCGACAAAAGAUGGUAGUGGGUCGUUGUCAACAGGAAAGAAUGCAAGUGGGUUCCAACUCAAGGUUGUCGCGCACUAUCCAAGAGUAUUUUUUCUUGCUGAUGAAAGUGACGCACAUUCACGUGCACUAGUUCUCCGCGGACUUGCUGUGGUCGAUCUCAGUAGAACAAAUCUCAUCGCAAACGAGGAAGUUCCGACGGGAAGCAGUGCCCUGCCUCAAGAAGACAGAAGGCACGUAACUGCACUCAAGGCGCAACUCUAUAGAAUGGAGAGCUAUAUCAAUCCUGAUGUUGAUGAACAGCUAGGGUUUACGUACCGACACAAGACGAUAGUUGGGAACAGGUAUGCAUCAAUAUUCCCAGAUCCUGAAGGCGACGAAAGCGUUAAGGACUCCCAUUCCUCAGACACACUCGGGGUUGCCUUAAUACAGCCAGUGACAACGGGAGUUGAAUUCUUUGAGUAUCGGAGGGAUCUCUUCCCCACAAAACGUUCGCUUUUCGUUAACGUUGAACCGGUUUCAACCAUGUUUAGUUUCCAAGACCUGCAACUAAUUGAAACCGUUCUGCAUCGAUGGGCGUCAAGGAGGUCUAAGAAGGAAGCGAUACAACGUCUGGAACAUGUUUAUUCCGACGAAAAUAUGAGUCCACGGAAUAGUGAGACCUUGCAUCAUUCAGAAAAUGAAAUAUUUGACAUCCAAUUUCGUACAAAUCGAUUGGGACUUAGCUUGAAAGUGCACGGCGACCAAGUGGAGGUUGUUGAGAUCAAGAAUUCCGACUUACUGGCACACGUACGGCCUGGAGACAUUCUUAUUGCUAUUGAAGGGGAAAAUUAUCGGUCAACUUCGUUGGACAAAGUUGUGCGCCACUUAUCACAGUGUAAGAGACCGACAACUGUUACUUUCUCCAGACGGCGGUUGAUUGGGACACCUAGGAAGCUGGAUGCAACUCCGCCAAUGUCAAAGACAAAACUUGAAAGAACGCCGCCAACGACCCCGGUUUCAAAUGAAGAGACUACUGCCAGUGUUAGGUACCUUGAUGUCCGAUUCAGGCUCGGAAUGUCCCGUGGUCUUGAACUGGAUAAGAGUAUUUGUGGCCGUUUCCCGGUAGUAGCACGUAUCCUUCCAAACUUCUUUCAUGCAACACGUGGGUGCAACAUCGAAGAAAAUACUUCGGAUGAGAUUGAAGCUACAUUCUUGGUGCGGAGAGAAUUACGUAUCCCGCGAACUGGUGCUGUUGUUGUGGCGAUUAAUGGUCUCUCCGUGGAAGAGAUAGGAGUCAAAGAAUCUUUUCGACGACUGGAGGCCCUGUCCUUUGAAGGAAGCGAGAGAAAUACUUACAGCUCCAUAUCUGACAUUAUGCAAAGUCAAGUCUACUGGCUGUCCUUCAUGGAAGCUGAUGCUUCGGUUUGGGGCAAAGUGGAAGAGAUCGACGUCUCCGCUGAAGGCAUAGCUCUCUCGUUCAUUGAUGACUUACAGGGGCGAGACAUGCCUUUGUUUCGAGCAAAAUUGAGUUCUGUUAAUGCUCACAUUGAGCGUGGAUUAGGCGUCGAGGCUCGUGUCCUUGAUGUAAGCACACCGUCACUCUUGAAAGUGCCCUCAGACCUCCUCUACAAGGACGACGAUAAUCAAGUAUCUUUGUCGGAACAUGAGAUUGCAAAUCAACACUCUGAGGUUGUUUCUGCAUUCAGCGUUCUUGCAAUGUGUUCUAUUGACUACUUUCAUCCUCGGGUUGCCUGCUGGGAGCCAUUGAUGGAACCAUCUCAAUUGUUUGCGCAUCUUGAAAUGCAGAGGGGGAAUGUGGCUAGACGGGGCCAAAUUGCUCUUGAGUUGUCCGAUUAUCUACUCUACGAGCGAUUAUUCAAAGUUGGUCUUUCAAGUGCCAAUCGCCGUCCUCAGAUGAUGGCUGUAAACGUGACUGAUGCUGGCGCACAAGUACUUGUAAAUGCAACAAAUCAAUGGAAAGAGUGGCGAAAAAGUAUCAUUAAUGAGUCGGAGGGCGACGACAAUGAAAGCACAUCCGAAGUCAUUGACGGGGAUGCGCCAGGCUUGCCGCUGCACCAUAAUGUGGAAGGAUCAGAGGAAACCAAACAACCACACGUUUCCGAUGAGGUAGUCACAAGCCGAUCGUAUGAGCAAGCUCGCACGUAUCGGCAGACCAAGAGACUUAAAGCCCAGCGAGCUGCGCAGGCUGCUUUGCUUUUUGCCACGAAAAGAGGUGCAGAUAACAAAGAGAGUGCGUCGGCAAAACCAUUUGUGUUCAAGAAUAGGACAGGUGUUUCUAUUGCAUUUGCUCAAAUGUCAAACGACAAGGAUCAACAGAAAUUGUUUAGUGCAUCGACGUCAAGCGUAGAAGGUAUUGGAGAAUACUCUGGUCUUGAAGAAUGUUCCCCUUCAUCAGUAGUCGUCAUUGCCGAUAAAGAAGACGCCCGAUUCAGUAUGGAGGUUAUUGCGAAUCAAGGCCUUCAAGGCAAUGUUCAAGAGGGAAAAGGUACAAGGUAUGGUUCAAGCAAGAUCAGAGACUAUGAAGGAAGGUUUCCCAAUCUUGUUGUUUCUAUACAAGCGGUCUCGGGAGUGUCAGUGGACCCCUUGUUGAACUUGCAAGUGUACAAAGUUGGGAGUGAAGUGAGGCAUUUGGUAGUGAAGAAGGAUUCUGAUACAGACGGUGACGACGUAGACGACGAAGCUCACUAUUCGAUACCUGUUGUUUGGAAGGUAGAAAUUGAGGACAAUCGACGUAUCUUGACGUUGAGCACUGCUGUUCGCGUAGUGUCUUUCGGCUUCAAUACGCCAAUUGAGGUGGGGGUUCUCGAUCACAAGGAGCCAGAUUCAGCAGAGGAUGUUUCGAGGGUGACUUCCGUUGGAAUUUCUCGUCCAGAAGCAGCUUUCUUUCUGCCUUUAUGGCUUGCGCUGAAACUUGAUCCAGUAGAUGUUUACGUCCGACCGUGCGACAAUUUCAGUAGCAACUAUAACUGGAGCGAUUCCAGUGUGCUUCAUUUUGGCCCUUCGAUUGCUCAUUCUAAGGAGGGGGGGAAAUUGAAGGCUGUCGAGGCAGGGCGGUGGACAUGGAAGCAGUCCUUUUCUGAGCUUACAUACAUCGGAUGCAAGCCCGUAAACAAACAUCGCAGUCAAGCGUUUCUAACAGUUUUUGGUACAUCCUCUGCCGUGACUUCCGCUAAAGCAACAAUUGAAAAGAAGCGAGCUGAUAUUGAUGAAGUGAUUUCUGUCACUAUCGAUUCCGGCUUGACGCUAAGGAACAUGCUGCCAAUGAAUCUAGAGUGGGAGGUUGCACACGCAGAUGGCAAGAAACGGAACGUUGUUGAUACCUCCGGCAAUAAAGAAACUAAUGUCGGCCGUGUCUUUUCGUUUGACGACAACCUUACUACCACAAAAAGCACAACGUUUGAACCUGGCCAGUGCCUCGAAGUCUUUGCUUCGGAUGUUUGUUCCCAAGAGCUUGAGGCAAGAUUCAAAGUCACAAAUGGUGUCGAUUGGUCCACAUGGGCCUCUUUGUCCUUAAUGGACACUGUUUACAACAAAAGAGACAAAAAUGAGGCGAAUUUGGAAGAGGAUGAUUUCCUUGCAGCAAUGACGCCUGGAGUGCGGCAAGUCAAUGUGCAAGUUAGAGACGACUCCCUUGAGGUACCAUUGACAUUUGGGGUUCGAAUAGUUCCGAAGAUGACACUUCCCGACGACCCACAACGUGGUGAUGUAUACGGCUUAGAAGUCAUUGUUUUUGCCGAGUUGUGGAUCCGAAACCUUACAUCGCUACCACUAAAUUUUGGUUGCCCUGCUUAUCAGUUGCAUGAACCUGGAAGUGACGUGAACACUGAGAUCUGCAGCGCCGAUGAAUCGUUGGCUCGAUUCACGGCCGAAUCGGCAUUGAUCGAAAUCGCAAACUUACUUGAAGUUGGCGACAAAGGGACUGGACUGAGAGGCGGUGGUGCAGCUGCAAAAUCGGCGGAGCUUCUUGGAAUAGAAAGCCUUCCUGGUCAAGAGUGCGAUCAUCUAAUUGAGGAAGUCUUCGAGUACAUAGAAAUUGAUAGCUCAACCGUGAAGAGGCGAUGGUGGGCUGCUGAAAGCUAUAAUAGCUAUCGUGCGAAUCUAACGUUGUCUGACGAGAAGCACGAGAACUGGCGGUGGCUAGAUGACUCAUGGGCAAUUGAUUGUGUUGGUCAAGCGCAAGCGCGUCAUGGGGGUUGGGAAAGCUGUAGAGCUCUGUUCACAUCUGGAGGAUCUUUUGACGGCACUCGGACUUUUGAUCCUGCCCACACAUUCCGUCGUAGGAGAUACUUCCGACAACGAACUGGAUAUGGCUGCUCCUCAGCUACCAAACAACCGCAGCAUUCCGGCGUGUUACGCGGAGGGCUACAAGCAAUUCACCAGCCACUUGUGGACUCGUUUUCUAAAGAACAACUGAAGCUAAAACGAAAACGAGCUAAUGGAGAAUCCAAACCACCAAAAAAAAAAAAGGGAGACGAAGAUGACGACGAUGCCGCUUUCAAGAUAUCAGUGAAAAGUGGAGAUGGAAGAUGGUGCAGUCCAGUUGCAAUUCCCGACAACGGUGCAACCCACGGCGUUAUCCGUUUGCUCUCCUCUAGAUGGCCCACGCUCACAAUGGAGCGUGUGCGUCCACAGGAUGAACGUAGCUUGAAAGGCGAAAAAAUUCGGGGUUUCUCGUACAAGUCCGCCUCGUUGGAACCUGAUUUGUUUGAAUUGUGUUACUCUGUCGCUGAUGUUGACGGUGAAUGGGGCGAAUUUUCGCGCACGAUGGAAAUCUCUCCCCGUUUUCUUAUCAAGAACACUUCCGAGAAGUUUGUGAUCGAAGCGAAGCAAUGUGGAGCUUCAGAUGACACAAUGCUAAGGCUUGGUCCACAGGAAUCAAAACCGUUCUUUUGGGCCGAUUUCCGCCUUCCAAAGCUUGUCAGCGUUCGUCCAUCUGGAUAUAGUCUCCGAGGAACUGACAAAUAUAGAUGGAGUGGUGGAUUUGAUAUCUGUAAUAUUGGAAUGGUUCCCAUCCGUGUGCGAGGACGCAUGGUCGGUAGCAACGAACAAAGCAAGGAGGACAGACAAUCGCUGAGAGCAACGGUUGAGGUUCGGCCUGGAACCGGUGGUUCCGGAAGAAACAUUGCACUCAAAGAGGAAGAUCCAGAAGGGGAUGGCUCAUUGUUCCGCAUCGAAAAUACAUCAACAUUUCCAAUCUGGCUUGCACAAGACGGUAAUUUGGUCAAUCCUUUGUCAAGCGCCUCGACUGAAAAUGGUGCACACGGACUAGGCGAGGAGCUGACCCAAAUCGAUGGAGAUUUGAUCAGACCCAACGAGAAAUUUUCAUUCGCCCUUGAUGUACCGUAUAGACAGGGAAAGUAUGCGAAUCGAAAGGAGGCUUCGAUUAGUGAUCUCAUGUCACUUCGAGUUGCUUUGGCACCACUGUCUAGUAGGGCAGGAGUUGAGACUGUCAAAUCGAUAAGAUUGACUACAGUGGGAGUGAGCCUGAGACUAAAUGCAUCCAAGCUUGUAGGGUCCUUCUUGCCUGGCUCUCGCGAGAUGCUCCAGCAGAUGCGCGUUCUUGGGAUUGUCACGACCGACGGUCCAACCAGAGUGCUGAGAUUUUGCCUCAUAUCGCACCCAGCUCCAGAUGUUUUCCGUAAUGCUUUCGAAGAAGUAUCGUACAUGUCUAUGAGCCAGAAUCGUUCAAAGGAAAGAAUUAAGGACCAUCGUCAGCAAGAUUUUACCCGCGAAAUAUCGGACGCUACAACUGCUACUGUCACUAUUUUGAAGAGUAACGAGCUCCCGACAGAAGAAGAAGCCAGAGGAAAAGCGCUUGCCGAGGCUGGGGCAAGCUCGAAGAAAUCAGAUAAACCAAGGACGACGUUUCGUGGACUAGAAGAUGAGACGUACUCUAUUCGGGCAGAUUUUGGGGGCUUUCUUUUCAGUCUAGUGGACUCUGUUCCUUCCGAGAUUGCACUUGCGUCCGUUAAGAGUAUCACUGCCCUCGCCAGAUGGAACAAGCUACGAACAUCCGACGCCACGAUGAUUGCUUCAAUUGGCUGGAUUCAAGUGGACAAUCAUGUGCCAAGUGCACCAUUUAAAGUUGCUUUGCGCCCGGAAAAGAGUGGUCACUCAACCGAUUCGAUGGACAACACCUCGAAUGCGCAAAGCCAAUCAUCCCCACUACUCGUUCUUGCGCUGUCGUUCGCACCGAAACACAAGUCUGGCAUCAUGUGUCUUCGAUCAGUCACAAUUGCCCCUGGAAAUAUUAUGGUUGCAAUUGACCUAGCUUUCUUGGUCAGGAUUCAACGAUUUGCCCAAGGCUUGCAAGGUCACUUCCAGAACGCCGAUGGCUGGAAGAGUAUUCGGUCAGGGAUGGUAUACGCAGAGCAGAAGAAGCAUAUUCCAUUCCCCAAGUUUGAUAGCAGCGAUGAAGUACUGGAACGAGCAGCUCUAUUUGCAUCAGAGAAUCAGAACCUAUACUUCCAGGCAUUGACGAUCCUCCCUUGCAAUAUCAACUUUUCUGUUGCACCAGCGAGAGCACUGAGUCCAGCGCAGGCUGCGUUGGAGGGUGCUGAAACAGCCGCGAUCCACGUGGCCGUGCGCAAGGGCGACGUCAAAGUCGGAAAUAGCAGCGCUUUGCUUGGGGUCCGCGUAGGGCGAAGAAACAAGACACCAUUAUCAGUUGUGAGAGGAGUUUUUAAAAGCAUUGUAGUGGAUGCGUUGAUUAGGCUUGAUGGAGCGUCGCUAGACCUCGCCGGUGUCGGGCUUCGCAAUCACAUUUCCACCGGACCUCAGCUGACUACUUACAUUCUGGCGCAUUAUGUGAAUUCUCUUCGUCAUAAUGUGCCAGCGUUGAUAGGUUCCCUCGCUGCCUUUGGCAAUCCACUAGGAUUGAUUCGAGGAGUCGGGGAAGGAGUGAGCGACUUUGUAAGUGAGCCUGUGAAAGGGUUCCAGAAGAGUGUGAAGGAGCUUGAUCCCACAUUUCUGGUGGAUGGUGUUGCUCGAGGAACAGAAUCACUUGCACGGCAUACUGUUGGAGGGUUUGCAGAUUCGGCAUCGCUGCUAACUGAUACGUUCUCCAAAAACAUGGCAGUGCUGACAUUGGAUCGUCGAUACGCCCAAAAACGAGACCGGGAUAAGAUCCUUCGAGUCAAUGGUGACGGAAAGGUCACUUUGGCUGGUGGAAUGGAAAGUGGAUUCAACAAACUGGUUGGUGGUUUCCGUGACGGCGUCACUGGUGUAGUUGAUGCACCCAUUCGUGGUGCAGAGAAACGUGGUAUUGAGGGAUUUGCAAAGGGAGUUGGUAAAGGCAUUUUGGGACUGAUGGUGAAGCCUAUCAUUGGUAUAUCCGAUGCUGCAACCGACGUAAUGAUUGGUGUCAAGAGCACUGUGGAGAAGGAUUCUGUUUAUCAGAACUUGGCACUUGCACGAAACCAGCUUCGACCCCGACGUCCCAUGUACGGGCGUGAUAAAGUGCUCCGACAAUUCAAGAUGGAAGAUGCUGCAGCUGCAACCUUGAUGCAACGGACAAGUUGUGCUGGCGAAGGCUAUCUGAGUCAUAUUGAUAUGACGAACCGAGUGGCCUUGUUUAGCGUCGUUCGAUGCCUCGUACUAGAUUCCACCGGCAAAGAACUUGUGUCGCUCCAAUACGAACAAAUAGCAGAGGCAAAUGCCCGUUCGUUCCAAGAAUUUGGUAAGGACGAAACGUGGCGGGUCGAAAUCUUGUUGACUGAAAAUCUCAAACCAAAGGGGAGACGAAAUGGGAAACUUGUCGAAAUUGUCGAAUGCAACAACAAAGACGAAGCCAUUGUCCUGUGCUCGCAGAUUAAGCAAGGAGUGGAUUUGGUCACCAACGAAGACCGUUUGUAA